GUUUUAGGAGGCGCUACUCUCUCUCUCUCCCUCUCUCUCUCCCUGUCCCCCUCUCUCUCUGUGCAGUGUGUGCAGAGCUCUAUAGCUGCGGAGGCUCGGAUACUCCCGGAGGUCAAGCUCACAAUCCCAAAAUGGCAAGAGGGUUGAAGAAGCAUUUGAAGAGGCUCAAUGCCCCGAAGCAUUGGAUGCUUGACAAACUUGGCGGUGCCUUUGCGCCCAAGCCUUCAUCUGGGCCUCACAAGUCCAGGGAAUGCCUACCCUUGGUCAUUAUCUUACGAAACAGAUUGAAAUAUGCUCUCACUUACCGUGAGGUCAUUUCCAUUUUGAUGCAACGACAUGUUCUGGUUGAUGGGAAGGUUAGGACUGACAAGACAUAUCCUUCGGGUUUCAUGGAUGUUAUUUCAAUCCCCAAAACAAAUGAGAAUUUCCGUCUCCUCUAUGACACAAAGGGUCGGUUCCGUCUCCACUCGAUAAGGGAUGAAGAGGCAAAGUUUAAACUUUGCAAAGUCCGGUCAGUGCAGUUUGGGCAAAAGGGUAUCCCGUACAUCAACACCUAUGAUGGGCGAACCAUUCGCUACCCUGACCCUCUCAUCAAGGCCAACGACACCAUUAAGCUUGACCUAGAGAGCAACAAGAUCACUGACUUCAUUAAGUUUGAUGUUGGGAAUGUGGUCAUGGUUACAGGUGGAAGGAACAGGGGGCGGGUUGGAGUAAUCAAGAACAGGGAGAAACACAAGGGAAGUUUUGAGACAAUCCACGUUCAGGAUGCCACCGGCCAUGAAUUCGCUACUCGGUUGGCUAAUGUGUUCACCAUUGGCAAGGGGACGAAGCCAUGGGUAAGUCUUCCUAAGGGAAAAGGUAUCAAGCUCACUAUCAUCGAAGAGGCCAAAAAGAGGCAAGCAGCCCAACAAGCAUCCACUGCCUAAUUAAUUAUGAACAGCCUUUUUAAUUUUCUUGUACUUGUGUGGUCACUGUUUUUGUGGUUAGGCCUAGAACAAUUAGUUCUGAAUUUGUGCUUCAAAUUUUUUUCCGGCUUGGUUUGCUCAAUACUGGUAGAUUGUUGACCUCAAUUUUUUUAUAAUCUUAAUACUUAUUUGGUGCUCCU